AUGAGUAAUACACAGCCACUAAUAUCAGCUGAAGACCGUUAUUCUACUGAUCGUGGCAAUAAAGAUAGAAGACGAUCGGUGAUUAACAAAUUGUCCAAUUGCCUUCAAUGUUUCGCUUUUAAAAAGCUCGAUCAACAGUAUGAAACGUUGGAUGAUGAUGAUGAUAAUGAUCAUGCUAGAACUGAGCCAGUUAUUGGAUAUUUUCAACUAUUUCGUUUUGCUGAUUGGCUUGAUCUUCUAAUAAUAGCUGUCGGCUUAUGCGUUGUCUUACUACAUAGCAUUGCUUCCACAGCAGUUGCGGUUGUUUUUGGUCAAGUUACGAGUGCAUUUGCGUCGCAAUCGUUCAUUGAUCGAUGUCCUUUACAGCAAAACGCAUCGGUAACUGCUAACAAUAGCACAGGAAGUCCAUGGGGUACUGCAGAAAAUACUUUUAACUAUGAUCGAUCACAAAAGUAAGUCAUGAUCACGUAAGAUAUUGAUGUGCUUCAGUUUCUAUAUUUACAUAGAGCAGUCAAAAAGUAGUGAGAGUGGUUUCUGUAAUUCAUUAUAAAAAGUUGUAAGAAACUUUCUCUCUAUAUAGUCUGAUAGAGAAAAGAAUGCUCUAUUUUUCUAUGUUAUUUAAUCAUACUUCAACUAAUAUUAUAAUAAUAAAAUUUUGAUAAGACCUAUUUUUCUAUCAUAUGGAUCGGAUACACAAAUGUCUAUUUAGUGAUUAGUUUCUGAAUAACUUUUGAUAGAAGCUAGCUAGAGAACUGAGAUUUCCAUCGUUUGAAAGACGAAAUGCAGAUGCAUCAAAUCGUAAAUUAUAGAUUUUUUGACAUGACUUUUUUAACGUUUUCAAUAGAUCUCUUUGAACACAAACCUAUCCAGUGGAGUGUUUACAGUGAAUUCUUAAUUGUCACAUGUGUAUUCGAACUGCCAAUGGAAGGCCUAAAAAACUGCAUAAGGUUCAGAUAUUUAGAAUUAAUCAUUUAGGAGUUAUAGAUAUUCUAGUCGAAGCUCUCAGUUUAUUUUUCUGGCAAUUUUUGUAGAAAAACAUUUUUUUGUUGCUUCUCUUUUGACAAGAAAGCAUUUUUCCAUAUUUAGAAAAUUGAUUAAACAAACUUCAGACAACAUACUAGGAAAACAUAUAAUAUAUAAUUCAAUACGUCUUCAUCUCCUCUUCCAAACGAUGAAAACUACAACUCUCUAGCUAGCUUCUAUCAAAAAGUUAUUCAGAAACUAAUCACUAAAUAGACAUUCGUGUAUCCAAUCCAUAUGAUAGAAAAAUAGGUCUUAUCAAAAUUUUAUUAUUAUAAUAUUAGUUGAAGUAUGAUUAAAUAAUAUAGAAAAAUGGAUCAUUCUUUUCUGUAUCAGACUAUAUAGAGAGAAAGUUUCUUACAACUUUUUAUAAUGAAUUACAGUACUACUCUCACUACUUUUUGACUGCUAUAUGUAUUUACUGUUCAUCGAUUUCAGACUUUGCCUGAAUGAGGGUACUACCUUAGCGUCAAUAUGGUCGUUGUCUACGACCAAACUUCAUGCUGAUGUGAGAAACAAAUUGUGCUGGCUAUUGAGUAAGCAGAAAUAAUCGAAUUCUUCAGACGUCAAACAAAAUAACGAUUUGUAUUUUGAAUAAACAUAGUCCUCGGUACAAUCGAAAUAUUGUGCAGUAUUCUCCGUUAUUUUCUCUUCACCUUGACCGCCAGACGGCAGACCGCUCGAAUACGUAUUCGUCUUUUACAAUCACUCCUACAACGCGUAUGUCAAACACAUCCAUCUUUACGCAGAUAUAACGGGUGGAUCAUAAUAAAUGACCUCCUCAUUGUUUUCUCGAUAUCUCCAUUGAGUAUCAUCGUUCAGACUUGUACUUUUUCUGAAAGAAGAAUUGUGUACUUCUCUACAAAAUGAAAUUUUGUGAAACACGACUGGGAAUGAGUGUUGAAAUUAGUUGUGAGAAAAGUGAUCUCUCUUCAUCUAACCUCACAGAUUAUGACAAAGAUUGCUAGGAGUGUUCAGUAUUUCUG